AUGGAUCCAAAACCCAAGAAAACAAAUAAUCAAAAAGGCAAUACUACUGAUUCAAUGAGCGAAUCAGCCUGUGGAUCAACUGUAAGCAAGUUUGAAGCAGGCGACGAACAUGAAAAAUAUUGGUUGGAUGAAAACGAUGAAGAAAACAUUGAUGAAUUAGGUACUAAACAUGCUGAAUUGAUGGCUCUACCUGAGGAUCUUCGAGUUGGGUGGGAAAUCCUUGCAGUUACUGCUGAGACAGAUGUAUCAUCUUUGAGCGAGUCUGCCAAUAAAUCCACACAGGAAAAUAAUGAUCCAGCAAAUAAUUCAUCGGUCGACGAUAAAGAACAAAAAUCCGAUAAUAUGUCACAGGGCGGCAGUAAAAGAAAACAUGAAAUUUUAACACCAGCAACAGCAAAGACACCAGCUGUGUUAAAAAAGGCUUCCCAUGGCAAUUCGGCUGCAUCUGUGGCGUCCUCAACAUCAAUAGAUAUUGUACGCAACAAAAAUCCUCCAUCGAGUACUGGUCCAAAGCAAAAAAUAGUACCAUUAUUAUCGGAUACAUCAAAUUUUGUUGGCUCGAAAGAUGUUGAAAAGAAACCUGAUGCACCACCUAAAAAAGAUCAAAUCGGUUCGACGAUACAAUCGUCGGGGUUGGCAAGUGCCAAUGAUGAGCAGCGUGCUCUUACAGAACGUGAUGGUAAACCUGCGUUCUUAACAGCUGCCGAGGUUCAUGAUGGUAAAUUAGGCUGUAAACUUGAUGAAAACAACCAUGCAGUCUAUGUGCUGACUAUUGCUGUGCCAGAAUGGAUACAUUUAAAAAUGUUAUUGGAUCAGACGUUAGGAAAUCUGAAAUUUGUUCAACUUGAAAAUGUUGAUAUUGAUGAAGAAAAAAAAAUAGUCAAUAUCAAAGGAAAAAUAGGUGAAACAACGAAUCUUUCUAGUCGAGAGACCACCUAUUACAACUGCCAACGUCGUACAGAUUCGAUUUCAAAGGUUAUAAACUUUCUUAGAAUCAAAGAAGGUUAUGAUCGAGAAAAAAUCGAACAAAUGGUUAAAAUUACACCAUUGAUGUCACAUCGUGACUUAUGUGUAAGUUCAUUAAAAAAUCUCACUAAACGUCUUCAUGUCUAUAUGGCACAAAAAAUCGAAGUAGAUGGUAUGAUGAUGACUCGCCGCAAAUUAGCUGGUCAAAAGGCCGCCGCAACAAAAAGAAAAAAAUUCCAAAAACCAGAUGGCACGUGGACGACAAUUAAUUUAGAAACAGGUCGAAAAGUAUCUGAAGCACUAACUAGAAAAAUCCAAAAGGAGGAUGGUAGCUGGACGACACGUGGUGCAGAAAUUGCUCAAAAAGGUGUUGCAACAAUGUCUAAAGAAAUCCCCAUAGUCGGUGGUACAACGACAAUUCUUAAACAAAAAGCUCGACAAGCCGCCGAUACAAAAGCUACAACCAUGUUUACUCUGAACAGCGGUCAACAGGUGAAUCAACACCAAUACGACGCUAGUAAUCAAGAAAAUGAACAAAUAUAA